UCGGCGGAGUUUGGGAGUGCGCGCGGUGCCGCUAUUGGGGUGGAGUUAUCUUCUGUCAAUCUGGCUCGGGGCGGUGCAGGAGUGCCUGAAGCUUGACCCGGAAUUGGUGUGCCUCUGUCUUCGGACCAGGGAGUGAAUUGAUAAAUAUGAAAGCAAAAAUUGAAGCCAGGUGAAAAAUCUGCCUAUGAAGCCAAACCAUGAGCUCUCCAGAUUACGUCCUCUGCAAAUGGAAGAGACGCUUCUGGCCUGCAAAGGUUUUAUUGAAAGCUGCCUCGGUGGCUAAUGAUGAAUUGAUGGACGUGGAGAUUCUUUGUCUGGAUGAACAGAUACAAGUAAAGUUCAAGGACACAAAAUUGUUGGAGAAAGCUGAAGUAGAAAACAUUGCUGCCAAACUCGCACACAAGACCAAAAGCUCAGAAGCCACAAUAGAAGAGCUGACAUAUCGUAAAGCUCUUAGGAUUGCGUUAGACAUUUUAAACCAAACUUCUGCCUUGGGGACUUCAACUCCUCCAACUCUUGGGAGACGUGACAAAAAAUGUAAAGAUACUCAAAUAGAGGAAACAAUCACUAGUGAGAAGAAAGGGCGUCCAAAAACCCCCAAAACUACAGCUGAGCAAAUUAAAACACCAGAAAAAAGAAAAUGUGAUGGGAAAUCCUCCAAGAAACCAAAAAGUCUGUGUUUGGCCAACAAUAAUGGUGAUUCCUCUGAAGUCUGUAAACCAUCUAGGACCAGGGAUGUGCCCUUACUUAAUGAUAACGUUCAGCUUCAGGAAAAAAAAAGAAAACGAACACAAGACUCAAGCGCACAUGAAGAGGAAGAUGGAGCCCCAGCUGGUAGGAAGUCACAGAAGGCUAACGAGAGGUCAGAGGACUCUGUCUGUAAGAACUCUUCUAUUGCCAUACAAUGUGCUGUAAAGGCAGAAUGUGACAGAAAGAUUGCACAUGAACCGGCAGAAAAAGGGGACACCGAAAUAAAGCCGCAUGAGGAGAGACUAGCCAUUCAGAAUUCAUGCAAAGAACAAUUAUGCAAAGCCCAUAUUGUCAAUAAGGCCAUUUCAGAUUUAAAGGCAGAGUCCUGUGACACUGGCAAAGAGAGAGUAGAGCUCCAACAGGAAAAACGAUACAAGCUGUUCGCAAUGCCUGACUUUGAGGACGAUGGAGGAUUAAGCUCUUCAGAGCUAUCUCUGGAGAUGAGCUCCCCUGAAACCUAUACGUCAAAUCCUACGUGGGCUGAAGAAUAUCCCGACGAAGAUGAAGACCUUCCAAGUCUUCUCAACCAGGGGCCUAGCGCCAUUAAACCUGGAAUGUUCGUCUGGUGUAAAUAUCAAAAGUACCCAUAUUGGCCCGCAGUGGUAAAAUGUGUGAACCAGAAGGCUCGGAGGGCAAAUGUCUUUUUUGUGGAAGAAUCUCUGUCCGAUCCCAAAUACAAUGCCAAAGGUUUUCUGGUUUCGCUUCGCACACUGAAGCUAUAUGACUGUGCAGAGAAGAAGGAACUUCUGGAAAACGCCCGUAAAGGCUAUGGCAAUUCCAUAGAUUGGUGUGAUGAAGUUAUAAGAGAUUACAUGAUCCGAGUGGGUUGUCGUUCCUUUUCUGGUUCUUUUACCGAAUACUGCACUGCGGAUAUCAGUUACCCAGUGCGUAGAGAACUUUUACACUGCAAGACAGAUAUGCUUUUCCCAUCUCUGGAUUCUGCAGAGGUUGCAGAAACUGGAGGCGAAGUCACUCCCAGAAAGUCUGAGCAAAACAAAAAGACGCUUCCUGACCGUACGCGGGCAGCCCGGGAUCGUGCAAAUGAAAGACUGGUUGACUUUAUUGUGAAGACCAAGCAAGCAGAAAGUCAUCUCCUAGAUAUUCUUUCAGGCAAGAAAAAGUCACGCUGGUUGCAAGAUUUCCUAGCUUCAAACAAACAUACAACAUGCAUAGACACGUACAUGGAAGAUGAGGAUCAGGUGGAGCUUGUGGUAGCAUACCUGCAAACACUGUGUGAACAUAUGGAUGAAACCGCACAAAAGGUGGUGAACAAAGAUCGAAUGAGGUUUGUUCUGGAUGUGCUGCUACCAGAGGCAAUUAUUUUUGCCAUCUCUGCCACAGAUGAAAUUAAUUAUAAAAAAGCAGAAAAGAAAUAUUUGGACGGACCCUCAAUUAGUAAAAGGGAACGAAAUAUAUUUGAGGAACAAAUAAUUGAAAAGAAGAAAUUACAGGAGUUACAGAAACAAGGAACCAAGAAUUAAUCGGAUUAUGUGAAUGGAUCUGAAAAAGGGCACUUAACAAAUGGUGUAUAUCUAUACAUAAAAUGUUGGAGGUGGGGGGUACACAAACAUCUCCUAGACUGCGCUGUGAUGAGAUUUUCUUCAUCAAUGAAAACUAGAACACUGUAUUAAUCUGACUUGGGGCUAAUGGACUGCAUUGUGGCUCAUAAGUAAAAUAUAUUUUGUAAUGUG